CUCCUCCGAUGGAAUAUAGAAAACUCCACCCCAGGCACCACCAUCAAUACACUUGAUCCCGGAAUGAUCACGUCCUUGGUGAUUAAACCAGAUGCCCAACUCAUGAAAGAAGCUCUUACAAUUGGCCUCGAUGAAAGGCAGACUGAAGAUGAUAGACUAAAGGCCUUG